GCGCCAAAUUGGUCAAUAUGGCAGCUACUUGAAUGUUUUCAAAUUUCAGUGUAGUUUAACGCCGGUUUUUUACAGAGGAGAUAGUUUUACUUGUGUUUUAGUGGUUUAUCUAUGGCUCAAAACGAAGGAGACGAGUUUUUAUUAAGCGGAGAGGCCACGGGUGGUGGAGAAAGUGAUGAAGAAAUAGAGGUAACUGCUGCUGAAGUACUCGCUCAACUGGAAGAGGUACACGUGAUAUUUUAAGCUUAUACUAGCUAUAAAGUGGAGCUUAAAUGCAACUGAGUUAGUCAAAGAAGAGGUCAUCAACAUACUUUUCGAAAGACUGCCGUAACCAGUUGGUUGAAUUAAGUGGAUAUUGAUACUUCUAUUAAUAUAAAUCUAGACCACCGUCCGACGUUCGCACCGGGGGCCUGGAGGGUCUUCUUGGUCAUAGGAAAAGUACACCAGUUUAGUAAAAUUACUACAAACCAGCUAUAGUCACAAGAUUUUUAGUAACCAAUCAUUAGGCGAGAAGUUUAGAGCGCAGCAAUUCUUAGUGCUGGGACAACUAGGAUAAUGCGCAUUUUUAGUCUUUGCAAGCAGGCAAGCACUGCUAUCUAGCAAGCUUCCAUAGCUUUUCAAGUUGACUUUUCUUUUGCCCUCCCACCGCUCUCACGGGCAGUCUUCUUAUCGUAUACUUACUAUGUUUCGUGUAUCUGUUUCUAUUUUAGGACUUUGAUUAUAAGUUAGAAUAAGUAGCUUUCAAUAAGGUGUACCAGUUUAUGCGUUUAUGUUUGUAAUAAAGACUGUCAGACCCCAAAGUAGCUCAAAGUGUGUACAUGUGGUGGUUUAGACCUGAAAGCUACCAACAUCUUGGAGCACAAGAGGUGGUUAGUAAAUGUAAGAGCCGUUCCAUGUACACUUUGCCCAACCUCUACCCCUUACACACACCUCAACCAACCCCUACCCCCCCCCCCCCACACACACAAUUUGUCCAGUCCCCCUCCCCCCUGUCAAGGCUUUAUUCCAUCAUUCUCCCAAGGGCAGCUCAUUCAUCUGAAAAGCAGCUGGUUAUCCAGCCUUCACUCCUCUUGUACAUGUAGGCUUGAUUACCAACUAAGUACUUAUGGAUAGCCCCUUGUAAGGGAAUCCGCAUAUUUCCAGAAUCCUGUAAAUUUUUGCUUGUGGAGUCUGGACUCCGGUAAAAUUCUGCUUGAAGAAUCCAGAAUCCUGGUUUUUGAAAUCCAGAAUACCACGUAAGGAAUACGGAAUCCUGCCAACGAUUGGAUACCAGAAUCCAAGUUCCACUGACAAAGACUAGUAUCCAUUACCUGGAACCUGGAAUAGAUGGCAUGGAUUCCAGAAUCCAAGACUGGCGUGGAUUCCUUACAUGGGGCUUCCAACAAGCAAAAUGGCCUUGAAACAGCAACAUAACACUUGAUGAAAUGGUGACAAAUGACAUAAAGAUGGGUUGAAUACUGACAGGGACAUGGCCUAAUCCUCAAUAUGCAAAAUGACCAUAUUUGAGAUUCAGACUUGACUAUGGACAUACUCCUCCUCACAAGAGGUCCCAUUAUGACUUUCACCGAAGGACUAAUUUGAUAAGCCCUUGAGCGAAAAAAAAGGCACCAAAGUGCCAACAUACCCCACCCCAUCUACAGAAAAAAAGGUUAUUUCAUGAAGAGAUUAUGGUGCUGACAUACAUUGUUUUAUUGCACUUUUGUUUGUCAUUCUCCACAUGGGGAGUUUGUAGGAUGCCCAUGCACCCAAUUUUCAUUUUUGUAUGAGGUUUUCCAAGGCACAAUGCCCCUAUACUAUUAUGUCUUAAUUGCGUUCGAGGUACGAGAACGCAACCCUAAUUUGUGUUGGGAGUACUGUGCAUUAUUGGGUGACCUGUGCAAUUAAUAAGGGAGGUUUUUUGAGAUUUCAUUUUCGUUCGUCGUCGUCGUCGACACACAUUUGCCUCGCUUUGAGGCGCUUGCUUAAGUUUUGCCUCACUUUGACGCGUUAACUCGUGGUGAUUCUUGUGUCCUCGGCGUUCAUCUUUCAAAGGUUUGCUAAGGUCUGAUAUUCUUCGUAAAGCGUUCAUCUUUUAAAAAGUUUGCUGAAUCUUCGUAAAGCGUACAUCGAUCUGUGAUUGCUGAAUCGUCAAAGUGUUCAUCUUUCAGGAGUUUGCUGUCAAAUUUUACUUUGAAUUAAGCCUUCAUAUUUUUCAGCAUGGUUCAUCACUGUCUUUGGAAAAUGUCUGGGACUACAGGUGCAUGCAUCAAACGGGGUUUAGUUCGGCGGCCGUUAUGCUACAAAGUAAAUUAAUUUACCGAGUUGUGUAGCUCAGCGGCCGUUUUGUUGCAAAGUAAAUUUACGAGUUGUGUAGCUCGGCAGCCGUUGUGCCACAAAGUAAAUCUACCGAGAUGUGAAGCUCGGCGGCGCCAUUUGACCAUGACUUGUGAUAUUUUCGGCACCGGACAAAUGAACACUUUAACUCUAUGUUAUUUAUUAGGAAAAACUUAUAAAUCAGCCCACAGUAGCACCACUCUCGAGUCACUGAAAUCAACACGCUCGACCAAAUUACCGGAAAAGUUAUUGAAGUGAGCCACACACACGUUCCAUUGAAGGCUUUGAUAUUCAGAUGUGAAAGCUUUUAAACCAGCAAAUUCAAUGUAAUUCAUUUUUUCAACAAGUUGAUGAAUGGAUGCUGUUAAAAAUAACAGAGAAAAUUAUCCAAAGAAAUGUUUUUGAAGAAAGAAAAAGAAUCCCGGGUUAAGAACUAAUCGGCCUUUGAGAAACUGCGCCCUGUAACUCGCGCCAGUAAAACAAAAUGUUCCAUUUACACGUCCGACGUUGGCCAAUAUCUCCUCCGAUUAAAAGCACUUCACACCGAACCAUACGAUAUCUUUUGAAAACGUUCUUAAAAUGAUACACAGUAAAACAACAACAAACAUAUCGAACGCACUCUCCUAAGCUCCGAUUACUCCUAGUAUACAUGGGUGAAUCUGCUUUUUUGUGCAUAUUUUUUGAAUGUGGUGAAAGCCUGCAUCUAACCUAGAAAACAAAGGAAAACAAAAAAAAACAUGUACAAGCACCUACCCCCCAAGAGGAAGGGUGCAGCUACAUGUAGGCUGGAGAAAUUCUGAAUCAAACUGGGUUAAUUGUUGUGUUGACUUGAAAAAGAAUUUUGCUUACAACAAAUGCAUCAUUAUUGAUUCUCAAGUCUGAUUUUCAUUUGUCACAUGUCUAUCCCUUGGAGUGCUUUUUUUGUUUGAGUGGUUAUUAGUGAGGGAAAUUAAACAGGGCAGGCAACCUGGCUUAAUGGUGGGUUUUAGUACUGUACGGUAUAUGUGGUGGUUUAGGUUCAAGUAUUUGUUUUUAUAUAUGGCCGGUAAAGAUAAGAUAAUGGUGAUGAUGUUUUUUUUUUGAAAAUGCAGGCCUGGGUGAAUGAAAAAUUUGCUCCUGAACUUUUGGAAAGCAAGGCAGAUCUUGUUGAAUGCAUGUUGGAUCAGAUUAAAGAAAUGGCAAGUUCAAAUUAUUAUUGUGCUCAAAAGGAGUUAUUUUGAUGUUUGUGAAUUAUUAUUAAACUUUGUGCUCUGCAAAAUUCUGGCAGCUGAUUGGCUGGUUGAAGUGAGUUAAUGGUGUACAACACACGAUUUCUGUGGAUUUUAUGACUUCUUUUCUUUCAGUAAAGUUUUUUUAAUUUUGAAAUGUAGUUGUGUUAACUUUACAUUUUUUUUUUGAUGUUUCUAUUGGAGGUUAAUUAUGUGUUAAACAUUUUGUCAUUGUUGCCAUUGUUUUUCUUUUACAAUUUGUUGCUUUUUGAAUGUAGAGCAUUCAAAAGGCCACAUAUGCACCAAGGUUGGAAAGAUUUGGGAUACUAUGGUGCAUUUCAUUAACUUCCACGUGUCAGUAGGCAAUGAAAGUGCACCAAUUUUAUACAACUGUUUUGAGAAAGGUUGUUGCAAGAAAUGCGCACGCGACAAUCCCAAAAGGUAAUAUGGGAUAUGAUCACAGCCUGCAAAGAAAGUACUGUCCGAUAGCCCGGGGCUAGUGGAUUUUGCUAUCGGGCUAGUGAAUUCUGUUUUUAACUUGCCCGACGGGCAAGUGAUGUUUCAAGAGGAAUUUGAAUAACAGAAGAACAAAACGUUUUUGGCGCUAGUUGAAAUGACGUCUGGGCUAGUAAAUGCUAUCUUCAGCUUGCCUGAAGGGCAAGCUGUAAAAAUGAUUUUCUUUGCACCUUGUGAUCACUACACUGUUCGUAACGACUGAAGCUGUUGAACCUACUUUUGUUGCUUUCCUUUAGCACUCGCAAACAUAUGUCCGUGGCCUUGCGUACCAUUCUUUCAAAUUUCUCUGAAGAACAGUGCCCUCAAAGCCACCCACAAUACCUUUCGGUAUUGUCAUGUGCACUUUUUCCGACAACCUUUCUCGAAAUAGCUGUAUACAGUGUAAGCAAACCACAAAAAUUAACCCUGUAUUUUUUUGCAGGGAGGAAAUCUCAAGAAAGUCAAACAGGGAGACGUUGUAGCUUCUUUACAUAAACUAGAGGUUGGAAAUCAAUAACUUUUUUUUUGUCUUUUUCAAAUGUUGUUUUAGGGGGACAGGAGAUAAGAUUUUCAUGUUGUUCUGAUAUUUAUUUAAUUAAGUGACGUCUGACAAUCAUGGCUCCAUUAUCCGGUAGAGUUAAUUACUCUACAAUAUGUUGUCUUUGACAUGCAGAUUGACAGAAUACGAUAUGUCCUGAGUAGUUACACACGGACAAGAAUAGAAAAGGUAGGCUCUUAUUUCAAGUCAUAAGUUAAGGUCUUUUCAUUCAUAGUAUGACUUUUUGAACGGACUGACUUCUGUUAAGUUAGGCUGCUGUUUAUGCUACUUUUUGCUGGAAAGAGUAUGAUUAUUGUACUAAUGACUCUAUUGAUUAUUUUCUGUCUUUUUCCUAAGAUUGAAAAGUAUGUUGUUCAUGUUCUUGAACAAGAAGCAGCAAGAGAUGAAAGUGAACCCUCAAGAUUAUCCCCAGAGGAACUGCAGUAUGCUAAGGAGUAAGUGACAUAACUGAAUUUUGUGAGUUUUGUCCUAAUAAGUCACUUAUAGCACAGGGGGAGUGAAAUAAAAUCAUCUUUCAAAGGGAGUCAUUAGGGAUUUUAAGAUAUCCUGGAAGCAACGGCAACGAGAAUGUCAAAAAAGCUGUUAGGUUGAAUAGGUAAAACAACUUUGCACAUGCAUCACGCUUUGUUGUUCAUUAAUUUUCUUUUCUGUCACUGCACAAAUACCACAUGAAAAUGCCUAAUUUCACAUUUUACCGGGGAUGUAAACAAGCGACAAACAAAUAAUUAUUUUCUUUUUUUUUUUUAACUUGGGCAUGGUUCUUAGGAAUUCCACUGCUAAAGAGUUUGAGAAAGUAGGCUAGUUGGAAAAAUUGUCAUAGAUUAGAGAUUGGAGGAAUGUAGAUAAGAGGCCUUUUUGAUGUUGUCACUGCCGUGCUUUCUUAAUGUCCCUAUAAUUGGGGUAGAGUGGAAAACAGGACACAUUCAGAGGGUGGUACUCUGGUAAACUAUCCACAUAAAAAAUUUUGGCCUCUCACGUGACUGUAUGAAAAUGAAUUAACUGUGGGUCAUGAAGAUAGUGUUAAUUAGGAGCUUUACUUUUAGCCUUCACUUAACCUGUAUCUUUCGCUAUAUGUAUAUGGUUGUGCAGAACUGUAUAGGGUGUGGUUCAUCUGGGGUAGAGUAUGAAAGAUCAGACAGAGACUUCUUAUCUUUAAGGGGGGUGUCAUUUUUCUUAACACUUAUCAAUGGUAAGAAGAAUUUAAGUCUUGAAUAUGUACCGAAAAUUGAAAUAGGGUAAAGAACUUUCUCCCAUAGGGUGCUUAGGCUUACGGUACCAUCAUCAUUUGCUAACCUGGGCUCAGUUGUUUGAAAGGUGGAUAAUCAGUAUCCAGUAGAGAGCUCAGUAUUCAUUGGAUAACACAAUAAAUUAUUGUUUUGCUAAUACUUAUCCACUGGAUAGUGACAACCAGGACCAGUGCGUCAACUGUUGUUAGCUCUUGUCAUUUAAUAGCACAGCGCACAAAUGACAUCAGAGUGACUAAUUUGCAGUGUUUGUCUGACGUUGACAUUUUUGUCAAUUUAAUGACAAAAGUCAGACAAACAUGACAUUUCAAUGACAAAAGACAAACAAAAGUGAGGAAUUCGCUAAUGUGAAUUCCAAUUUGUUUGUCUGAUUUUUAGGGCCUGUUUACAUGGAGGUGGGGGACCCCAGGUAGGUGAGGUAACCUGCUUAGGUGGGGUAAAAAAAUAACCCUCCUUUACAUGCAAUCUUACAACCCCGUCAUCAAGGGGUGCACCCUCAAGAUUAUUGAAUGGUCGCUAAGCACGUAAACAAAAAAAAUGCUGGCAAACCACGGGUUUUGGCGAUUAAUGCACUUCUACACUCACUUGUUACUCUUGCUGCAUCCUUCAGUGCAACUUUAAACUUUAAUGAUGAGAAAGCCACCGGCAAAGUGAAUUUUGAGCGAAUUUGAUGUACCACGAUUCCGACCACGGCUAGGCGGGUUACCCCACCUUGAAAGUUUACAUGGCAAAAUUUGACCCCGGCUGAGAGGGUAACCCAGUCUGGUAGUCCGGGUUACCCGCCUUGGCGGGUCACCCCACCUAUCAUGUAAACGUGAUCAAAUUAAAAUGAGAGAUUAUAUUGACAGGCGGGUUACCCAACCUAAGCGAGUUACCUCACCUACCUGGGGUCCCCCACCUCCAUCGAAACAGGCCCUUAGUUAUAUAUUAAAUAGUAGCUUUGCACAGCACCAUUAGGUUAUGCUUACUUUUGCCUUUUUUACUAAUAUUUAAGUUAAACUUAUUAACAGGUAUGCCGAUAGCAUGGAGGGUCUCUUCAAGUCAUUAGCUUUGCAAAAUAUGCCUGCAAACAUGCAGAAUAUUGAUAGAAAGAAAUCUGGUAAGGGCCCCUCCCUCAGAUAAUAGGGAGCUUAAGCUACGACGACCUCAAAGAGAACGGCAAUAACGCAAUAGGUUUCUGAGAUUGGCAAAACAACAACUUUGCACGUGCAUCACGCUUUUUUGCACAUUUCUUUGCCGUCGUUGCACGACUACAACGUGAAAGUGCCUAAUUUCACGAUUUGUCCAGGACGGGAACACGAGACAACAACUUUCCUAUUCUUUUCCUAAACUUUGAUACAGUCCUUUAGAAUUCAACUCCAAAAAAAUUUGCCAACAUUUGACGAAUUAAACGAGAUGGAAUAAGCGCGGUAAAGUUUGAAGCAGCGCAAAUUCACUUUUUAAGUGACGUUUUCGUGGCCGUCGCUGUUUAAGCUCCCUAAUUUUGCUCUGCUAAGUAAAGAAUCCUGCCCCCAUAAUAUGGGUGCCCUAAAUUAGACUUGCCACAAGUUGACACCAAGAGAGCGCCAAAGGCGCAAGGAACACUUGCGAAGGAAGCGACAAAGCUGUGAGAUGAAUGAUGUACGGGAGACAGGCUUUGAGAAAGUCUACCCUAAAAUAUGUACUGCAAAGAAAGUUGAACAUCACCAUCAUGUUGCUUAUGGCAUCAUUAUUUAAUACAUAUCAUAGAUGUUUCAUUUUGGAUGUAAGAUCAUUUUUUAUGUUCCAUACAAUUUUGUGCAAGUGCCCUUUUUUACACCCUAAAAGUCAAAAACAACGCCCUCAUCAGCUUCCAUAGCAACAUGUAGCUCUUUUUUUCUCUUUUUUCGUAGCUCUUUUUUUUUUCUCCCCUUUUUCCCUUCCUCCUCAUCCCCUAUCCCCUACCCCUACCCCUUUCGACUCUUGCUACGCAGGCUAUAGUGGCUGUUAUGUUUAUUUUUCUCUUUUUUCCUUUGUAUUUUUAUAGUUCCUAGACCAAAUAUGGACAAAUAUGUGUUUCUCAAGGUGUUAGAAAAUCAAGAUCAAGUUAUGAUAGAUCCCGAGUAUGUAAUUGUUCCUUUAUUGCUACACCAUGAUUUACGCGUUUUUGACUACAAGAGAUUUCUAUAAGAAUUCCACGAUAAGUUCUUUCCAAGAAUUACAUGUAUGGUUCCAACCCUCCUGAUUUGACCCCACCCAUUAUCAUCUUAUGAGUUGCACUCCAGAAUAAUCAAUUCCUUGGAAGGAAUGCAAAAUGCUGGCAGUAAGGGUUGCUGAUAGCCACCACACUCUUUUACUGCUAUAUCCAGCUUGAAGCAAGAUUUUCAAACUUUAUGAAAAAUGUGACACUGACUAGGGUGUCAAGAUGUUAAGUCUGAUUGCUUAACAACCAUAACUGCUUGACCUCAUAUGAUGAGGUGGCUGUGUUUCCAUACAGUGCUACUAAUGAUGCGAUAAUGAUGAUGAUGGUGGUGGCGGUGGUAAAGAAUGGCAGUUUUUUUAAUAGUGAACUUAUGCAACGGGACGGGAGAGGAAAGAAGGCUGAAAACCUUGUGUGACAAGCGUAACAAUAAUAAUUUUGUUUGAACAAUCUUUCCACCAAACUUCACCUUCCUUUAAACAGUCAUAUUUGUAAAAGACCAGAAAAAAUUAAUGUUAAGUGAAGAUCAUGACAAAACACGCAAGUAAUAGCUCUGUAUGUCACGUCAGUCACCCAAGCGUGUUGCCGUCCUCUCCAUUUUCUUUCUUUUUGCAUUCAUUCACUAAUAGCGGGUGCAGUGAUAGCCUGUAAAGCAGUGCGAACGAUGAUAGUUAGGUUCUCCCGUCACCUUGGACGUUAAAAAUGACAGAGAGUUGGAGCGAGUCAAAUAAUGAUUCCAAGGGAGAGGUUGAUGACGGCUGUGAUAAAUGUAUCUCUGAGCUUUGCAAGCUAGUGCAGUGAUACUUUACUGUUUCUUUUUUAGGGAAGAUCCUAUUGACCUUGAGAGUGGAGCACAACACAUCAUGCGUUAUAGUGCUAUAGCACCUCUUUUAAGCAAUGGAUCUGUUUCUCUGAUAUAA